AUGAUGUAAAACCAUAAAUAUUAUUUUUUUAAUUUGAUAUUGAAACACAAUAAUGGGAAACUAAGAUUUAAGAAGCUAAGAAAUUAAGAUUUUUGUAUAUUUUUUUUACAUACAUUUAAAACAAUAUAAACUUAAUGAAAGUUUAUAUUGUUCAUAGGCAAAGAAAAGCAAAGAAUCAUAUUCAAACAGAUGUAAAAAAAUUACAUUAUUUUUAUGAUCUUUUUCAGCUGUUAUGUGGUAAACGAACGAACGAAUGAAUAUACUUUAUUAAUCCCAGAGUCAGUACUUAUUCCUAAACAGAGUACUGACAGAACCUGAGCCUUCAUAGAUGUAUCACAUAUUUGAAAUAGAGGAAAAACUAAUGAAAAUUUGGAAUAAUUCAAGGACUGCUUAAAAUUUUUGAUUAAUUUGGACGAGGAUGAUUUUUUUUUUUUGCCUAUGAUGUCAAAAAUAUUCACCUGUACCAUAUAUAGCCAAUGACAUUAGUAAAUCUUAUUCUUUGCUUGUACAAGUUGAUGUGUGGACGUUGCAAUUUCUUUUUUUCUUUCUGUUCAUCGUCUUAGUUUGUAUUAUCUUAAAUAUGACAGAAAUACAAACCAAUUUUGAAGUUUCUCUACAAAGAAAAACUGCUCAUGUUGUUAUUGAAGGUGAAAACCAAUUUUACUCGUUUUUUAUAUCUAUUUUUAAUUUAUUUGAUGUAAUUUUAAAAAGGAAAAAAAAAUACAAAAAUACUUUAUUUAGGUAAAUGGCCACUGGAGAUCGCUGUCUAUUUCUGAUAAAAUAGCUUUUCACCCAGGUUUGGUCAGAUGUUUUUUCUCUGCUACUGAUGCAGCUGUAAGUUUAAAUCAAACUACAAUAAAUGAGUGUUUUCUUAUUGGACGUCACUGUGUGUUUUGUGUCUGUCUCUCUGGUUCAGCAGCUUUUAUAUCGCCAAAAACCCAACAUGCCUUCCAACAGAAAGCGAAAGUAGAUUGAGGGCGCAUGCAUAGGACGGCGGCGAUUUUACACGGACGGGAAAAAAUGCAAAGAGAGAGCUUAAUUUAAACUAAGCGAUUAAAAUAGACUAUUACUACACUUAUAUAUUUGCUAAUCUAAUGCUCAGAUUUUAAAUCAGCGUUCAAUUCGUGUUUUGUUUUGUUUUGUUUGCGGCCAAGCACCUCCUCUUUAGGGUUACGUCGUCACUACGGUUCAUAUUUUAAAAUUAUGGCGCUCAAAAUGUCACGCUCUGCGGUCCCGAUUUUAUUUUUCUUGUUGGGAAUCUUUAUAAAAGGUUUAGUGGCUGUGAUUGAAACCCAGCAGACUGUUUGGGCAGCAGUGGGAGACCAGGCCUCUCUGAGCUGCCAGCUCUCUAAAACUAAAGAUGUCCUCCAAGUCACCUGGCAGAAAGUCCUCCUCGAUGGAGAGAAGAACCUCGCCACUUACACCGAGAAGUAUGGUUCCAGAGUGAGUGCAGGACUGGAGGACAAGAUGGACUUUCAGUAUGAAUCUCUGCAGAGCUGCUCCAUGGUGAUCAGGAAGGUAAUGGAGGAGGAUGAAGGCUGCUACCGAUGUUUGUUUAAUUCUUAUUCUGAAGGAGCGCUGAUAGGCUGGACCUGCCUAAAACUCUACGAGCUGCAUGGACCCUUUAUUGAUGUCAGCAGAUCAAACUCUCCUCCAGGGUCGGUUGUGACCUGUUCAGCCACAGGUCGACCUGUUCCCAUGGUAACACUGACUGUUCUCCAUCAGAACCUCAGCUUCUCCCACUACAACACCAGCAGAGAGACCAACACCAACGGUACCGUCACCGUCACCACCACAGCUCUGCUGUCAGCUGUCAGCAGCACACAGGUUGGAUGUUCAGUAUCAGUUCACUCUGCUGCUCUCAGAGAGCUGCUGGUCACCGUUCCUGGACUCAAAAAGACGUCUGAUUAUGAGUUAGAGAAACAAUCUAGUUUACAUCCUGAUGAGAGUCAGGAGUCUAAAGAUCUGAAAAUCCCCUUGAUCCUUGGAGUUGUCGCUGGUAUAGUUUUGACUUGUGGUGUUGCAAUCAUCGCCCUCUGGAGACAUAAAAAUGUCAAAAACAGAGACGAUGAGAAUAACAAAACACCACUAAGACCAGAACCAAUGGGCAGGAACAUGACACCUUUAAUGAAGCUGACGAAUGAGGUUAAGCAGCGACUUUCUGCCAGGAAAAGUCCAGAGAACAACAACCUCAAAGCACUUCCUUCAGCGGCAAAAAGACUGAAUUUUUGCCGCUGACCUCUGACCUGACAGAUUGACAUGAGGGUUAAAGAUCCAUUGAGUUUUCAAAUUGCUUGAAAACUGAAUUGACCCAUUUGGAGAUCUAUUUGGUUGGAUAAACUAAACACUAAUACUGUUUGUAUUUCCUUCUAAUUCAUGUAAAGUACUUUGUAUUGCCUUUUUGCUGAAAAUAUACUGUAUAAAUAAAAUCACCUUACCUCAAGACGUGUGUAAAGCUGUUCUGUACUUUCUCUUUCUAUUGAUUUUUGUCGUCCUAAUGGAAAGGAAUGCAUUUUGUAUGCGUAGUUACAGCUUAUUUGCUUAAAUUUGCUUUAAUUUUUUUUUCUUCCUGAUGUCUGGUUACCAGCAGAACAACCUGUUUAAAUCACCAUAUUGUAAAAUAAUCUACUCCGUUACCCAUUUAGGGUAUAAAGAUUGUUAUCUCUGGGAAAAUAAGUUCUACCAUGAAAUGCAUUUUUCUUUCUUUUAGGAACAUUUACCUUAACGUCAUGUCUCAAAGGAACAUGAAAGGAGCGUAAGAUUCAUUUAACAGCCCCGUUGAGUCACUGCUAAGCAAAAUAAGCACAUUUGCACCG